CGAGACAACCGGCGCGGCAUAGUCUGAAAUUUCGCGCCUCAAUCCGGUAUCAUUCGUCCCCUUUGCGCUAACCUAGACCGCGAGUCAUUUUGUGAGUUUUUCAUCGUGUGAUCAAGUACGUUCUCGCUCUACAGCAUCUAAGAGGACCGAAAACAUAGCUGGUGCAGUUGUGCACUGUGUAGAGCAAAACUAACAGAAUUCAACGCUGUUCAACUGCUGUGUACGCGUGUGUGGAAAACUUACACAGCCGGUGCAUCGAGCCAUACUUCCCUUACCUAUCGUUUGUUCCUUGCAAUUUUGUGUGAUCACAAAAGUAAUAAACGACAAUGGCGGAUAUGCCCUCUUUUAAGUGUGUGCUAGUAGGCGAUGGUGGUACCGGUAAAACAACAUUCGUCAAACGGCACAUGACGGGUGAGUUCGAGAAGAAAUACGUCGCAACUCUCGGUGUCGAGGUGCACCCGCUGGUGUUCCAUACGAACCGUGGCGCAAUCCGAUUUAACGUCUGGGAUACGGCUGGACAGGAAAAAUUCGGUGGGCUACGUGAUGGUUAUUACAUCCAGGGACAGUGUGCCAUUAUAAUGUUUGACGUAACGUCACGAGUUACCUACAAAAACGUUCCCAACUGGCAUCGUGAUUUGGUGCGAGUCUGUGAAAAUAUUCCAAUUGUUCUGUGUGGCAACAAAGUCGACAUCAAGGAUCGUAAAGUCAAAGCAAAGUCCAUCGUGUUUCAUCGGAAGAAGAAUUUACAGUACUAUGACAUCUCCGCUAAGUCCAAUUACAACUUUGAAAAGCCAUUCUUGUGGUUGGCCCGCAAACUUGUCGGUGAUCCUAACCUCGAGUUUGUUGCUAUGCCCGCCCUGCUACCACCGGAGGUUAAAAUGGACAAGGAUUGGCAGGUUCAAAUUGAAAAAGAUUUGGAAGAAGCACAAGCUACAGCCCUGCCAGAUGAAGAUGAGGAUUUGUAAGCAGCUUUAGAUGGACGCCGGCAGAUUUCGUGUUUACUCUCGGUUUUGUGUUUUUCUUUUUUUUUACUUGGCAUUGUAUGAAUAAGAGAGAAACGACAGUUCAAUCGAACUAUGUUUGCAAACGAAAAGAAAGAUAAACUACUGAGCGCAAGUAAUCUUAAAACGGUUCGCGAACUACAUCUAAAACACAUCAGGGUGGUAGGCGUAACAUGAGAACGUAUAAAAUUAUUUCAGUUUAAAUACCAUAUAGAAGACCUCUAUUGAUAUUGAGGAUUAUAAAGGAUGAACAGAGAGAUAAACAACACAAUGUAAUACAGAGGAAUCAUACUUACCAGCAGCGUUUGGAUUAUUUGGCACUAUUUAAAAAAGGCGAUAGCUACAGGCAGAAUUGAAACAUAAAGAUCUUAUUUGUUGUGUGAAGGCUCGUCUCUAACCGUGGGGGUUGGAUGGAAAACAACGGUAAGUUUAGCAUCAUUUUGCGUUUAGGUGUAUUUGCAGACAGCAGGAAUGUUUGAGUUUCCUUUAAUUAUAGUGUUACUGUAUCGAUGAAAGGAUUAGGGCGAUAUAUUAGAAAAAGAAAAUACAGAGCUCACGCAAGAUUCCACAAUCGUAAAGUUUACAGGAUAGUUUUUUUUUGCGAUUGAGAAAUCGUUUCGUUUCAUCAAUACGUGGUUUGUUCAAUUAUCAUCGAUUAAGUGCCCAUAAGAUGCAACGUUGAAGUAUCCUAUGCUUUAGUUAAUCGUAUAAUGGCGAGCUGGGUGUUGAAGCAUGGAUUGUAAAUUCCAGCAGCAACAGUAUGAUGUAUCUUAAACAUUUAUUUUUCAAUAGAAAUCGGUUAAAGACGGA